AUGGGAACUGGUUCGGUUCGAUCUCGAAUUUUUAAUAUUACUGUAUUGGCAGCUAAAAUCUUGUUUGUUGUAUUUUGUGACAGGAUGGGGCGCGCAAAAUUGAACAUGGAACUGAUAAGCAAGGAGAAAUCAAGAAACAUAACAUUCAAGAAAAGAAAGGAGGGUUUGAUGAGAAAAAUGCAUGAAUUCACCACUUUGUGUGAUGUUAGUGCGUGCAUGAUAAUCUAUCCCCCAACACAAGAUAAGAACACAGUUGAGCCAGAAAUAUGGCCUCAAAAUCUCGAAGAAACACGACGAAUAAUCGACAUCUACGAGAACAAGAAGAAAGAUUCUGGGAACAAAACGUACGGUCUGUCUGAUUUUUUUAAUGAACGGAACCAAAAAAUCGAAGAUGAGCUUGAGAAAUUGCGGAACAAGAACAAGGAAGCCAAGUACCCUACUUGGAUUAAGCUGAUGGAUGAACUGUCAGAAAUUCAGUUGAGGGAGUUUUAUGCCUUGUUAAGCAAUAAGGCCGAAUACGUCAAGUCGAGGAUUGAAAUGUUGAAACGAAACGCCAAUGAAUUCGAUAUGAAUAUGAUGGAUUUGGGACAUGGAAGAUUGAUCCAAAGUGGCAUAGGAUUGGAGAUGAUAAAUCAGCAGGCAAUUUCCUCUAUGAAACCAAUUGAAAUGCAUGUGCCUAUUCAUUAUCCUAGUAUCGAUCAUCACCAAGAUAUGCAUUCUGUGAAUCAGAAUUCAAUGAUGAUGCUUUUGAUGAAUGACAACGAUUAUUUGCAAUUUGGUGGAGCAUCAAAUGGCAGUAAUGUCCAGUGUGCAUCCUGUAAGAGGCAGGUGUUUUAUGAGUCCACAGCUGCCGCCGAGCUUGGGGUGGUGGACAAUGUAAUGUGCCAUAAUCCGGUACCAUUAGCACGAUACUAUGCGGUGGCUCCGCCAGUUCUGCCGCCUGUGCCACCACCGUACGUGCAGUGUGCCGUGAUGCCUGGUAUUGCGCCACCACAACUUAAUUCUUUGAAGGAGAGUGAUGAACAAGAUGAUGUUCUUCAGUAUCAAAUCAAGAACCAGAAGGCAAUGUACUAUGAAUGA